AUGACCAAUAAUUCAAAAAAUGAUGAAAUAGACCUUGCAACGGCAGCAAAUUCCAACAAUGUUCUCCCCACAAGGCAUUCUAUAAAUUUUUCACCACCAGGAAGUGGUGGGGUAUUUCAAAGUUUUGGUUCCAUUUUUAAUCAAAUUGAUGAACAAAGCUCUCUUGAUAACAAUAAAAAUGCAAAUGAAACUGUUCUUGAUCCAAUAGUUGAAGAAAAUUUGGCUAUUGGUGAAUCAUCUUCACAACCACGAAGAGGACAAAAAAUUCCCACACGAAUUCAUGUUAUUCCCCAGAAUUCAUUAAAUGCCCGAAGAUUUUCACGUAGUCGUUCAUAUUUUCCGGGAUCUUAUUCUGCGUCUUUUUCCAAUGAAAGAGUUCCAUGGAAUUCAUUACGACAAUAUAGUGGUAAUCUUUUGUCUUUUUCACCACAAUCUUUAAUGGAUGAUAAUAUUCACGAGGAUUCAUCAUAUCCAUCAUCCAUGAUGUCACCUACCGAUGGUUUAUUUAGUGUCAUUAUGGAUGAUGGUACAUUACAAAAUAGAAGGAUAUCUUUAACAUCUGAAUAUUCAAGACACAAUACGGAACAUACUCCUUUACUUGAAGAUUAUAAUAAUUAUGAUAGUGAUUCUGAUAUUGAAAUUCUAAUUAAUAAAAAUCCACGUUAUGAUAAUUCUCUCUCUUCACAUUAUUAUAAUAUCAAAUCUUGGUUGCAAGAAAAAUUAUUUACACCCAAUCAAAAGAAUAUUAUUAAAUGUGCAUUAUCAUUUUUUCUUGCAUCAUUAUUUACGUAUAUACCAUUCUUAUUUGAAAUGUUUGAUCUAUAUGAUUUGCAGAUUUCACAUCUCGUAGCUUCUGUGGUGGUGUUUUUCAAUCCUGCUAAAACAAUAGGUGGAAUGUAUGAAGCUGUAUUUUUUGCAUUUUUGGGGGGUAUUUACGGUAUGCUUGUUGGUAUUGGAAGUAUGGUAACUGCCAAAUGGUUUUAUAAUCACGACAUGUCAACCCUUGGUCAUUUGAUAACCGUUGUCGUAUGGUGUGGAGGAAGUAUGUUCAUUGUUGCUUUUAACAAGGCAAAAUUUAACAAACCAGCUUUUAAUAGUGCUUGCUCUCUUGCAAAUAUAAUAAUAUUUGUCACUUUAACGAGAGAAGGUGCUUUGAUUCUGGAUGAUCAGCAGAGAAAGAGACUUAUUCAGGUCACAAAGAUAAUUCUGAUUGGAAUUGUCAUCAGCUUUUUAGUAUCGAUACUAAUAUGGCCUAGAAGUGCUAGUAAAAAAUUAAGGAAUGAUAUUGGUGUAACUCUUAAAUCAUUUCGUAUUUUAUUAAAACUUCUCACAAAAACAUUUUUAAUUGACGAUAUACAUUAUACUGAUGAAUCAGUUCAAUCAGCAAUUGCUUCAUAUCGUGCAACUUUUACAUCACUUCAGGAUUCUUUAAAACAAGCAGCAUUUGAAGUUCAUAAUCGAAACAUGCAACAACAACUUUCUUUGUAUAAAGAAGUUGUGAAGAGUUUGAUUAGAUUGGCACAACAUCUGGGUGGUCUCAGAAGUUGCUGUGGGCUUCAGUGGGAAAUAAUAAAGGAUCAAGAAGAAAAAAAAGACCCAAAUACUGAAAAUCAAAAUCAAAGGAAGACAAAUAAUAAUAAUGAUUCUUCUGAUGACGAAGAAUUGGGAAAUUUAAAGGUUUUGAUUGAAUUUAUAAGAUUUGUAGGACCUCCAAUGAAGUCACUCGCUUUCACCUGCAAGCAAACCAUUUUACAUUUACAAGAUUUAUUCACAUCAUCAAAUAAUUCUCUUAAAACAACAACAUCAUCUUUUACUGUUCUUCAUCAAAACCUUCAAUCUGCUCUUACAUUAUUUGAAGAAUCUCAAUCGCGUGGAUUAAAUAAAUUAUAUAAAAAAAAUAAUAAUUUAAAAGAUAGACCAAAUGAAGAAAUCUUCCUUAUAUAUUUUUUUGUAUUUAAUUUACAAGAAUUUACCAGAGAACUCGCGGAUCUUGUUGAUUUGGUGGACAUGAUUUCAAGAAUUGAUGCAAAAGAACAAGAAAGAAGAGAAAGAAGGAGAUGGUGGCAAUUUUGGUUGUUCUUUAGUUGUUUUACACGUGAAAAUUCUUUUGAAUCAGCUCGUAAAGAAAAUUUUAUUAAAAAAAUGAAAGAUAAAUUUCCUGAAAAUACUCAUAAUCUUUUUGAUACUCUUCAAACACCAAAACCUAAAACUUUUUGGCAGAAGAUUACAAUGAAAAUUUGGCAAUCACUUUCUUGGUUUCGUCAAUUUGAAGUCAAAUAUGCUUUUAAAGCUGCUGUUAGUGCUGCAAUAUUAGUAAGCCCUGCAUUCAUUGAAUCGACAAGAGAUCUAUAUUAUUAUUAUAGAGGAGAGUGGGCAUGCAUUACGAUGAUGGUCGUGAUGGUUCCUACAGUGGGUGGAACUAAUUUGGUGGCAAUAUAUCGAGUAUUGGGAACAUUAUUUGGAUCUUAUCUCUCAUGGGUUAUUUAUACGUUAUUCCCCGAUAAUCCAGUUAUUCUUUCCAUAUUUGGUUUUAUCAUCGCUCUAGGUUGUUUCAAACUUAUUCUUUAUACAAAAUACAAUCGUAUUGGAACAUUUAUUCUUUUGACUUAUAAUCUAGUUGCGUUAUAUAGAUAUAAUAUACGUGAUAAAGAGCCAGUAAUGGAUAUUAAAGAUAUUGCAUGGACUCGCUUUAUUGCUGUUAGUACUGGUGUUGUCUGGGGUGUAGUUGUUACCAAUUAUUUAUGGCCAUAUGAAGCACGUGCAGAACUUCGAAAAGGUUUAAGUCAACUAUUUGUUAAUAUGAGCUUGUUAUAUAAAAAAUUGGUUGCCGUGUAUUCGACUAAAACCGAGGUCCGGGAGAACCCUCAAAAUAUAGAUAUAGAAUCUCAUGAUACAAAUGUUUUACUUCCUCCUAAAUUAUCUCAACAUCUUAGUAAUUCGGCAAAAGAAUUUAUGGAUAUGGAAUUAUUUCUCCAAGUUUCAUUACUUAAGCUUUAUGAUCUUCUUGCGCAGACUCCAAAUGAACCUCGUCUGAAAGGUCCUUUCCCAACGAGAACUUAUCAAGAGAUACUCUUAGGAUGCCAAAACAUUCUUGAUAAGUUGCUAUCCAUGAGAAUUGCUGUUACGAAAGAAGAUCGAUAUGCAUCAGUAAGAAGAGAUUUUAUUCUCCCGAUUUCGCGUGAAAGGAAAGAAUUAGUAGGAAAUGUUUUGUUAUAUUUUUAUAUAUUAGCAGCAGCAUUAAAACUUAAAACACCUUUACCAAUAUAUUUACCGCCAGCCGAAAAGGCAAGACGAAGAUUAAUUAAAAAGAUUCGAGAUCUUCCAGUUGUUAAGCAAAGGAUUAUUGAAGGAAAUGACGCACAUUAUAUAGUUUAUUAUGCUUACGCGCUUGUAAUGGAGGAUGUCAUAAAAGAAUUGGAACAUUUGGGUAAAUGUAUGCAAGAUUUGUUUGGAUGUAUGGGAGGUGAUGAAUUCAAUACUUUCUUUACAGAUCUAGAUGAAAGUGGAUAUAGUGAUAAUCAUACAAUCGCUCAGGAACAGCAGGAAUAA